AUGCUCUCCGCUCUGCCACGAGGCACCCUUCGUUACGCAUCCCCAGUCACGAGAUCUUUCUCAUCCUUCUCCUCGACAUCGCGAUCCUUUUCUACAAACACCCGACUCGGUCCUUUUACUCUCAGAGCACCUCCCAAAACCAGCUUCGUCGGAUUCAACCAGCAACGAACGCUCUUUGGAACAUCUUGGGGCAACUCGCAAAGCAAUCGAAACAUCCUCGCGCACAUGGAACAGACGGCGAAUAACAACCCCGGCAGUGCGACUGCGCAGAACGCCUUCUACCAGGCUCUGCUCCGCGCCAAUAUGCCUGAGAUUGUGGUUGAGAGAUAUCAAACCGGACGCUACGCUACGAACCCCGCCACUGAACAGGCCUUCCAGAAGGCUCUCGAGCGGAUAGGCGCUGCGGAAGUUGGAAAUGCUGGUGUUGGAAGUUUGGCAGGGCGGAUUCCAGCUGGACAAAGCAAUACCAUGAGCAAUGAACAACUGCAGGCUAUCGGCCAGGCUGUUUCUGCGAAGACACAGGGCGGCAAUGUCAGCAUCUCGAAGCAAGGUUCUGGGGCAAAGAACGAGCCACUCUACGUGGUUGUGGAUGAGAGCAUGGGCAGCACGAUAUUCAGAUGGGUCAAGUUCAUCCUGACUUUCGGUCUGAUCGCAUACUGCGCACUGGUGGUCUUCACCUUGCUCGUUGAGGCGACGGGCGUGCUGAAGAAGGUUGGUGGCGCACAGAAUGCGGAAGCCAAGCCUGAGCUCCAGAACACACGUUUCACCGAUGUCCACGGCUGCGAAGAGGCAAAGGAAGAACUGCAAGAGUUGGUCGAGUUCUUGAAGGCUCCUGAGAAGUUCAGCACGCUUGGUGGAAAGCUGCCAAAGGGUGUUCUGCUGGUAGGACCUCCAGGUACUGGAAAGACUCUCUUGGCUCGUGCUGUUGCUGGAGAAGCUGGUGUUCCAUUCUUCUACAUGUCAGGAUCUGAGUUCGAUGAGGUCUAUGUGGGUGUGGGAGCCAAGCGUGUUCGAGAUUUGUUUGCUGCUGCGAGAGCGAAGAGCCCAGCCAUCAUCUUUAUCGACGAGUUGGACGCCAUUGGUAGCAAGCGACACGAGAGAGACGCUGCCUACGCUAAGCAGACGCUCAACCAGCUGCUGACCGAACUCGACGGCUUCGACCAGAACUCCAAUGUGAUCAUCAUCGGCGCAACCAACUUCCCGCAAUCCCUCGAUAAAGCGCUUACGCGACCUGGACGUUUCGACAGGAACGUUGUUGUUCCACUUCCCGACGUACGAGGCCGCAUUGCCAUCCUCAAGCAUCACCUCAAGAACAUUCGAACGGACGGUACUGUUGAUCCAGCCAUCAUCGCACGUGGAUGCCCUGGCUUUUCAGGUGCCGAAAUCGAGAAUAUCGUCAACCAAGCUGCCGUGCGCGCAUCGAAGAACAAGCAGCAGAAGGUCACUAUCGAAGAUCUGACCUGGGCAAAGGACAAGAUCUUGAUGGGCGCUGAGCGAAGAAGUGCAGUCAUCCAGCAAAAGGACAAGCUCAUGACUGCCUACCAUGAGGGUGGACAUGCGCUGGUUGCCAUGUUGACCGAAGCAUCCACACCACUCUACAAGGCGACUAUCAUGCCGAGAGGACAUGCUUUGGGCAUCACGCAGAUGCUGCCAGAGCUGGACAAGGUCAGCGAGACGAAGAAGGAAAUCAUGGCGCAGAUUGAUGUGUGUAUGGGUGGCAAGGUUGCCGAGGAGCUCAUCUACGGUGCUGAGAACGUCACGACUGGAGCCAGCUCAGACAUCACCAAUGCCACUCGACUGGCGUAUAUGAUGGUCACCCAAGCCGGCAUGAGUGAAGCUCUGGGCAACAUUGACCUGUCAUCCGACUAUGCACGACUGUCAAGCGAGACGAAGCAGCAGAUUGAGCAUGAAGUACGGCGGUUGGUUGAGGAAGGUCGCGAGCGGGCAGUCAAACUCCUCACCACGAACCGUGAAGGUCUCGACAGGCUGGCGACUGCUUUGGUCGAGUACGAGACGCUUUCAAAGGAAGAGAUGGAGAAGGUGGUACGUGGUGAGAAGUUGACGGACAAGAUCAAGGUGGAUGUCGACACGCCCGUUAAGAUACCCGAAGGCAUGACGACGCCUCCUCCAUUUGGACUUCCAUCGCCGGGUAACUCAGGAGGCAGUCCAGAGCCGCCGAGUGAUGGAGCACCGCAUCCUGCAGGCAGUCCUUAG